GCCAUGUCAGUGCCUUCUGAACAAAUAUUUUCAAAGGCAGGUGACACUAUUCGGGCUAAACGUGUACAUCUUUCUGAAAAAAGCAUACAAGCACUAAUGUGUACUGGCUCAUGGUUGGAACACGGCAUUAGGUUUCAAAGAGAUUAA